UCUCCCCUCUCUUCCUUCCUUCUCUGAGUGUCUCCUCUGCGAAAUCAAACCGUCGUGCCCUCGCCAUCGAACUUCAGGUCGCCGGUUACUUCCCGAUUCGCGACUUCUUUUCUACCAUUUCAGUUUUCGGCGUCGGCCGGCGUCAGCUUCAAUGAAAAUAAUUGUUGUUGGUUUCGUCGAUGCCGACGUUUUAAUUUUUUCGGCUUCGAUUACGCAGCGUUUAGAUGCAGACGCAGACGUAGUACCGGCGUCAAUGAAACGAACAAGAGUUUAUUAAAAAAAUUGACGCCGACGCAGCCGCAGAUAACUGCGUCAACCAAACGAACAGCAAGGCAUUCGCGUUGCAUACGAGCCGAUACUAUGUGAUAAAGUGUUAUGAUUAUUAUGUCGUGGCUUUGAUCCUCAAAUGAUAUACGUCUCAUAUGAUUGUUUCAUCCUUUGCAUUUUACAUAGGUAUAAUGUUGAAGCAAGUGGUUGGCAAGUACUCGAUAGGUAAAGCAAUUUAUGGAAGUAACAGAGCAUAUCUUAGACCUUUCUUGUUCCAAACCAAUUGUGGAUUUCACAAUGGGCAGACUGUACUUGCUCCGAGAAGCUUCUUUGGCGUAGAAGACUACGUGGACGAUGAUACAAGCCGACCAUACACAUACCAAAAGGAGAAAAAAUCGAAGAAUCCAGACAAACACGUCUCCUUCAAGCAACGGACAGUGGCGUACAUGGAGCCAUUCACACUCGACGUCUUCAUCUCAAAACGUUUUGUAUCCGCAUCUAUCACGCACCGUGUCACGUGCAAGCAAGUCGCGGUUGCGGGGACAAACUCAAAAGACGUAAAAGCGGUGUUGAGGUCAAGAUGCGAUAUCCCAGCGUGUAUGUCCAUAGGGAGGAUCUUGUCCGAACGAGCGAAAGAGGCUGAUGUGUACACGGCUUCUUAUACGCCUCGAGACCAAGACAAGUUUGAAGGGAAGAUCAGAGCUGUUGUUCAGUCCCUUAUUGACAAUGGAAUCGAUGUCAAAAUUUACCUGGAUUAGAUACGCAAAGGUUUGGUUCUGUGUUUAAAAAUUUAAGGUUUGACUUCGAAGUGUACUUGCUAUUAAAUCUGUUUCGUGAAUUCAACAAGAUAUAUGAGAAGAAAUGCUUAAUCA